AAAAGGGGGAUAUUUGCAGGAGAAGUAAAACUACUGAAGCAACAACUUGGAAAGCUACACUGUGUAAUCGUUUGUUACAUAUUCAAUAAAUCAAGCUCACACCGGAACAUUUAAUAAGGAAGAUUCAGUCACAGCCAGUGAUUAACAGGCUGUUAAAGUCACUGCUUCCAUCUAGUGGUAGAUAUUAUUUUGAACCAGAAGGAGGCUGCAACAAAAAUAUGUCAUUCCAUCGCACCUGACAAACCAUAUCGAGAUUAUCUCUGAAACAUACAGUAGCCCCUGUUUGGUUGUGUGUUUGUUGACCGCACCGUUGAACUGACUGAACUGAGAUAAAAAAAGGUGGAGACGUUAAAGAGAAAUGCUGUGACAUCAGCAACAGUUAUGCAUAUCGGUGAGCUGACAGAGAGGCUCUGGGAUCAUUGAAUGGUGACUGAAUCUUUUUUUUUUUUUAAUCGGGGAAGUCGCAUCUGUAUUCAGUCUACUCAUCAUGCCCGGCCACAAGAGGCAGCCCAGUAUUGAAUUCUUGGAAUUGAUGGGAGUGGUAAAAGAGAAUGGCAAUGAACAGACAUCACUCCCUCCUUUGUACACACCUCUAUCAUAUGACUACGUCCUGGUUGCCAAAACAAUUGAUUACCAGGAGAGAGAGGCCUUCAAGAAGCAAACUGAAUACAUUGAAGAAUUGAAAAAAAAGAACUUGAAAGUUACGAAAAUUAUAGAUGAAGAUCUUGUCUUCUAUGGGAUUCAAGGACCUAAAGAAAUUUUUGAGAAGUACAGGUAUCUUCUCAAAGUGUCUGAUGCUUGUAACUGGAGCUCGGAUCAGAACGCUGUACCACUCAGCACCAGGAUAAGGAUUAUCCACUUCAUCUUGAAUCACACCCUUAUACGUUCAGGAGAGGGUUUGCGGGAUCUUAUGAAGAUGAAGGUUUUUGAGGCAAGGUUCUGCUUGCAUGAGAAAAAGAAACAGAGAGAGCUGAAGGAGAGCUGGGCACGAUGGACAGCCUGUCUCCAAGGGCAACCCAUUACUGCCGUCAGGAACUACUUUGGGGAGAAGGUGGCCUUGUACUUCCUGUGGUUGGGCUGGUACACAUAUUUGCUCAUCCCACCUGCUAUCAUUGGGGUCAUUGUCUUCCUUUAUGGACUUGCCUUCUUCAACAGCUCACCCCUCAUAAAGGAGGUUUGUGAGUCUGACACAGUCAUGUGUCCUCUUUGUGACAAGGGAUGCAAAGUAUGGCAGCUCUCCGACACCUGCACAUAUGCCAAGGUGAGCUUGCUGUUUGAUAAUAAUGGCACGGUGCUCUUUGCAAUGUUCAUGGCAGUGUGGGCAACACUGUUUUUGGAGUUUUGGAAGAGACAUCGGGCUUCCUAUGUGUGCGAAUGGAAAGUGUCUGAUUGGUGUGAGGAGGAGGAGGAAUUGAUCCUGGAAAUUGUGAACAACGUCAACUGUGAACCAAAAGAAUAUAAGCACUCUUAUCUGCGCAGCACUCUGGUUUUGAUCUGUGUCACAGCUAUGAUAUUGGUGAUCAUUGGCCUGACACAUGCCUUAGUGGUGUUCAGGGUGAUUGCAGCAGUGCUCUUGGCUGAGGGAUCAUGGGAGUUCCUGAGCAACUACUCCAACAGCGGAGCGAUGAUGCUGGGGGCCGUCCUCCAUUACCUCAUCAUCACUGUCAUGACACGGAUCAACAGGAUUGUUGCCAUGAAGCUCUGUGAAUUAGAAAAAACAAGAUCAUUUGCUACCACAGAGAAGAGUUUCACUGUCAAGAUGUUCACCUUCCAGUUCUUCACCUAUUUUUCCUCCCUCUUCUACGUGGCCUUUUUUCUCGGCAGGAUAAAUGGCCAUCCUGGUGGCUAUGUCCGAAUUUCAGGGAAAUGGAGGCUAGAGGAGUGUCAUCCCAGUGGAUGUCUCACAGAUCUGUUCAUCCAAAUGGCCAUUAUAAUGGUACUCAAGCAAACCAUCAGCAAUGUCUUUGAGUUCACUGGACCCUGGCUCUGCAGGUGGUUGAAAAGAAGAAGGAUUCAGAAGCUACAGAGGAAAUGUGCCCACUGCUACCUGAAAGAUGAAUCACAGGCCAAAUAUGGAGCUGAACUGUGUGAUAACUGCAAGCUUCGAGACUGGCUCAGCAACUACCGUCUCAAUGAUGUUGACUCCUUCAGCCUGUUCAAUGAGUUCCUGGAGAUGGUGAUCCAGUUCAGCUUUACCACCAUAUUUGUGGCAGCGUUUCCUCUUGCUCCUCUGCUAGCCCUCAUUAAUAAUAUCAUUGAGAUACGCCUGGAUGCCAUUAAAAUGGUCACUCUGGAGCGCAGAAUGGUUCCUAAGAAAACCAACGAUAUUGGUGUGUGGACAGACGUGUUGGAGGCCAUUGGUGUCUUAGCUGUCAUUGCAAACGGGCUGGUCAUUGGUGUAUCUUCAGACUUCAUCCCUCGAUUAGUGUACCGUUACCGUUUUGGCCCAUGUGCCAACGGCACAGCAACAGAUAUUGACUGCAUGGUUGGAUACAUCAACAACACUCUCUCUGUUGCACGAAUGGAUGACCAAAGCAUAGGCAACGAGUUUUCAGGCAGUCAGAUGAUCACUUCUAGUGGCUUGAAUGUCUCUUCCUGCAGGUAUAAAGACUACAGAAGCAAUGAGGACUACAGUCUUACCCCACAGUUUUGGCUAAUUUUAGCUGUGCGCUUUGCAUUUGUAAUCCUGUUCGAGCACGUUGUUGUCAUAUGCAAGUUCAUUGCAGCCUGGUUUGUGCCGAGCGCUCCCAUGCAGGUCAAGAAUGAUAGACUCUUUGAUAAACUCAAAAGACUAAAAGAGGAACUCAGUUCAUUUGAAGUGUGACCCCAUUCAGACACUUAAGGGUUACAGAUUGUUCCCUGGGGACAUGAGCCCAGUGUUGCCUUGUGCAUUAAGGUGUCCAGAAUAUCACAGUGUUGAGUUAACUUUAAAGUCAAUCUCUCAUCUCUCAUCUCUCUGAAGUGCUGUCUGAAUUCUCAUCUUUGAAGACAGACUCAUUUUUCUUGGACAAAACAAGUGUACAGUAACUGAUUUUAUUGACCACGAGAUUGUUCUCAUUCUAUUGUAAGAAUGCAUUGAUAGCUUACUGUUGGCUCUCUAUAUUUGUGAGACGUAUGUGAGGGGUUUUAAUGAACACCUAAAGAUAAUUUAUACUGCUACUGCACAUACAGUACCGAUUGAGUGUUACGAUGUUGCCUUAUAUUGUAAAAAAGCUCUGUGAUGAUUGUUAUUACUGCAGACCAAAUAUGAUGGUGUCUUUUGUAAACCAGACACAAGAAUGUUUUGCAAUAUAAUAUUUUAUAUUAUUGAAUAAAAGAGGAAAUCUUUGGCCCCAUA